AUCUCUUAAACUCCUACCCAAACAAACAUGGCUAGUAAAUUUGUAACUUUGCUUAUUUUCUCUUUUUUACUAGCCAUGGUACCAAAAACAUGUUUGGGUAAGAAAUCCGGCCUUGCAACGUUUAAUGCCAUUGAUGUUUGUUGGCGACGAAACCCUAAUUGGAUUAAUAGUAGGGAAGAUAUUGCAAAAUGCUCAGCGGGUUUUGCAGGUAAAAUGUUUAACAACAUUGGCAAAGAUGUGAACAAAUAUGUAGUCACUGAUCCUAGUGAUAAUGCAAUGAGCCCGAAACCGGGAACUCUUAGGUAUGGAGUGACUAUGGUACCGGGGAAAGUAUGGAUCUCAUUUCAAAAAGACAUGGAGAUUAAACUUGAAAGGACUCUUGUUGUUGGUAGUUAUACAACCAUUGAUGGUCGAGGUGCUAUCGUUCAUAUUACUAAUGGAUGCCUCAUGCUAUACAAGGUUACUAAUGUGAUCAUCCACGGGUUGCGAAUUCACCAUUGUCGAUCCCAACCAGCAGGCUCGGUUAUGGGACCUGGUGCAAAGUUGUUGCCAAUGAGCAAAAUGGACGGUGAUGCCAUAAGAAUGCUUGGCUCAACAAAGGUGUGGAUAGACCACAAUACCCUCUACAGGAGCGAAGAUGGCCUCAUCGAUGUAACCCUUGGCUCAACCAACAUUACCAUCUCCAACAACUGGUUUCGCGACCACAACAAGGUCAUGCUACUAGGCCAUGAUGAUGAUUUCAAGGACGACAAGAACAUGAAGGUCACGGUAGUCUACAACCGAUUUGGCCCUAACUGCCACCAGCGUAUGCCAAGAGUUCGUCAUGGUUAUGCUCAUGUAGCUAACAACUUAUAUCUAGGAUGGGAAGUUUACGCCAUUGGAGGAAGCAUGAGCCCUAGCAUAAAGAGCGAGUCUAACCUCUUUGUCGCGCCUAACUCUGGAACGAAACAGGUUUUAAUGGACAUGAAUGACAAGAGUACUGGAAAAGGGAUAUGGAACUUUAAAUCGGUGGGAGAUGUCUUAGAAAAUGGAGCUUCUUUCAACGAAACCGGUUCUGGUUUUGUAAAACCAAACUACAACAAUGAAGAAAGAUUUCCCGUCGAAAGUGGUAGGAUUGUAAGGCAACUUACAAGAUCAGCUGGGGCUCUACGUUGCCAAGGAGGAUCAAUCUGCUAAAUGGAUUCACUUGAUUAUGUAAUUUUUGUUAUAUGAUCAUGAAGAUCAUUUAAGUUUCAGUACAAAAUCAUGUGAAUCAUUCAUACGAGGGUGUUUAUUAUCAAUGUAUGUUAACAUGGGUGUUAAAUACAUGUAUGAGAUAUCAAAUAUUAAUUCAAUCAAUAAAAUUUUGAUCCCAUAAUAUUUUCUCUAAUUAAGAAUAACAGAUAACCGGUGGGUACUAAAAGGGCCGGAUCCACAAACGCGCCACCGGCCUUUGCCCGAGCCCGGCUAACAGAAGUUUGGGGUUACUAGAGUCUUUCCUAAUUCCCUGAAGUCCUCUAACAAAGCUUUACAAAAUGAGUGAAACUGUGACAGACUGAAAGAGCUUGUACACCGAAAUACUACAAAAUCAUGUGAAUCAAUAAUUUAAAGGUGUUUGUUUAAUAAAUACUUCCGUAGAUACUACUACCUCCGUUUCAUAUUAUUUGCAACGAUUAGACUUUUUUCCUCUCCACUUUAUGUCAAAUAGUUGCAAAUAAUAUGAAAC